UGGAAUGCCUAAUUAGGCAUUCCAAACAAAUGAAUUACCAGUGGGCAGGUUUGGUAUAUCUAAGGGUGGCGACAUAUGGUGUAUUCUAUCUACUUUACGUAAAAUCAUGAAUAAUGGAUUACAUUUAAAUAUUUUAUGUCAAACACAAUAAAAAUAAUAUUUAAAAAACCCACCUAUACAUUUCUUCAUAAAUUGGCAGGCUUGGCGAGUACUACUUCGAAUAAAAAUAGCGUCCAAGUUGCAAGACUAUGUCGCUACCCCCUUAAAUAUACAAGAAUUUCCCACUGGCACCUAUUGUUUGACAGGUCGUUGGAAUGCCUAAUAAAUAAUAAACAUAACCUAAAAAUAACAAUCUGUCAAUGUUACAGUUUUAGUCCGUGGUUGUAGUCUGUAUCCUAUUUUAAAAUGAAUUAAUUUGGGUUUUUAUGUCUGGGGAAUCAUGGUAAAUAAUGGCCCCAGUUGAUGUUAAACCAAAAUAUUUAAAUUUUAGGAAUAUAAAUGGAAACGAAGUUAGACUGUACAUAAAUGAGGCUCCUUCAUGCUUACAAGUAACAAUUUUCAGUUGCCAAAAAAAUUUAUACCAAAAGUGCAUUUGUCUAUUUAUUACAGCUAUUUUGAAUUCAGUACUUCUUCUUUAUAACAUAGUUACGAUAAAUGUGAUACUAGGAAUAUUGAUCAUUAUAUUGUUACUUUUGUAUACAGUGUGUGUAACUACAGUUGAAGAAAAUUUAGUUAUCAUAAAAGACUUUGGAAUUGAAAUUAGCAAAAGGAAUGUGAUUUCAACAAAAAAAGUAUUUUACCCCCAAGAGCAAGUUAAAAGGGUUUUUAUUAAUGAAGUUAUAUUCAGAAGAAAAGUGUUAUUUGUAAUGACACUACUUUUGAAUGAUUUAGAAAAUGAUAAAUUGGUUCCUUUAUUUGUAGACACUCUACCUCAAUUGGAAUUGUUGAAAGUAACUUAUAGUCAUAUAAAACACCAGUUUCAUUCUAAAAUUGGAUGAUCAGAGGAUAUCAGUCCAGUUUAAAGCAAUGAAAUAAAGAAACAUUGUUUGUGAUAUGUACAUCAUAAAUAUAAGAUGUAACUUUGAAGAAAACUAUGAAGAGUUCAAGGUUUUAACAUGUAUUUUAAAAUUUCCUCUUUUGCCUCAUGAACAUUACUAGUAAAAAUACAAAUAUCAAAGUUUGUUUGUUUUUGAAAUUACUAUUAUUUUUCAUUUAUUUGAAAUGCUACAUCAAAAAUGAAAAAAAAUUAAAUGAUCUGAUGUAGGGUUGCCAGACAUAUCCUCCUUUUUUGGCAAUUUGUUAAUGUCCGGCUUUCUCCAAUUGUUAAAUAAUUUCGAUUUUUAUAGGUAAUGCAAAAUUCAACCAUAGGAGUAUAACCAAUACCACGUGAAAACGUCUUUCUUUUCUUUGUUUAGGUGAGUCCUUUUUUUGGAGCUCGAAAUUUUAUAUAUAAAUGUAUUAUGUAACGAAAUGUAAUUUUUGUGAAAAAACAGGCUUUUUUGUUCAAUUGUCCUACUUUUACACAUUGUCCAUAUGGCAACCCUAAUCUGAUGGCAUGAAUAACAGAUCUGCAAUAUGUAUGAACCAACAAUGAAUAACUGCUAAACCAGUUUUGUUUACAAAAAACGAAUUGCAAGCAUUUAUAGUGUUAUCCAUGCAUUGGCCAAAUUAAUGUAACAAAGGAUUGUUUAUAGUUAUAAUUUCGAAUA